ACAAUUAUUUACAAAAUGCGAAUAAUACAGCCCGUCCGAUUCGUUCCUUCUUUUUCUGAACCCGCUAUGGAAGUUCCGCGUUCUUUUACAAUCCUUGCUUCUUCCUGUACAAAUCCCCUCAGGUCAAGUCAGUAAAAGGGUACGCAACGAAAGAUCCAAACGGAAGGAGCACCAAGCCGAGAAAUUUCCCGCUUCUUUCCCUUGAGUCCUUCCUCUGCAAUCGUCGUCUCGAUUUCGUAGAACGCAGAUAAAUCACUCUUGGCUCAGCUUAACUGGGUGUUCGUUAAGUGGAAUGCAGCAUGCAGCGGCUGAGGAGCCCUGGGACUUCCAUAUUUGGUUCUCUCGCCAUGCCCCAGUUGAAGAGGAAAGCUUUGAAUUCGUUCGCUGCUGUCCAGGACACUUACUUUUCGACCAAGGAUAUUUUUGAGAAGCACAGGGUUGUGUUUACAGUCGGGACUUCUUUGGCAUCGGUUGCUACGGCAUGGAUUGGUUAUUCAUUACGCCACUUUCAUGAAGCAAAAGUUGAACAAAGGCUCGACUCAAUUGAAAAAGCUAUGAAAAACAAUUAUCAUAUUGAACAUUCUGAAAUUAAGAAGAUUGUUGAUUCAGGAAGUUCCAGUACAGCAGCUUGUGUUGCGACUGCAGGAACCACUUUAAUUAUUGGGUAUGGCUUGGGUUGGCGAGGUGGAAAAUGGUAUGCUAAUAGGAAGUUCAGGAAGGAGCAGAUGAAACUGCUUGGUCAGAUAAAACCUAAGGGCUGGCAGUUCAAAUUCUUACGUCGACCAAUGAGGAGACCAAAACUACCAGAAAGUAGAGUUGAAAACUCUGAAAUGUUGCAGAAGGGCAUGCCAAUCACACCAAAAUCCAGAGACCUGCAUCAGUCUUGUUAAAAGUUUCAAAGGUCAAAACGUGCAGUUAUAAACUCAAUUGAAAAGGAUUGUUGAUAUAGGCCAGUACCCAUUUUGUUUGCAUGGUUAAGAAAAAAUGUAGAUCACAUGAUUUUCCCCAGGUAGUCUUUUAUUGCUAAAGUUAUUUCGGUUUAAAAAAAUGGGAAGGAUUUUGGUUUAAAAUAGAAUAUUGAUUGUUUAAUUCCAAAUAGAAUGUUGAUUGUUCAAUGUAAAGGGUUUUGACUUUGAAGUUAUAUUGGACUCACAUCUUGGUUGUAUGAGAUCACUCUAUCAGUAAAUAUUGGUAGUGGAACCCUAAA